ACGUGUUGUUUUGUCACAUAUCACUGCUGGUCUGGACGGGAGACAGGAUGCCUUCUCAGCCUUUUCAUUUAGUCAUUUAUGUCUAACCUGCUACAAACAACUCCCCUCCUGUCCAUCGGAGAAGCCUGAAAGCAUUGCAGGAAGCAGACAGCUCAGCGGGGAGCCAAACAGAGAUGGCCUCGCUGAAAAAAGACAACAGACUGACGAGUUCUCAGAGCUUCAUGUGCGUCGGUUUCGCCGGGUUUUUCAGUAAAACCGUCACGUCGCCCUUGGAGGUGGUUAAAAUUAAAAGUCAGGUGGGCACGUUUCACUGUAAAAGAGGUUUCUGGCAGAGUUUUCUCUUCAUCUACCAGAAUGAAGGACUUCGAGGAUUUUGGAAAGGAAACCUCGCCUCUUGUCUGCGGUUGAUCCCCUACACCGCAGUUCAUCUCACAACAUACAAAAAGAUAGUCCACCUUCACAUGGAUGAACUGGGCUUCAUCUCUCAGUGGAGAGCCAUAUUCGCUGGUGGACUGGCUGGCGCUGCUGCUGCUCUGACCACAUACCCUCUGGAGGUGGUAGAAACCAGGCUCAUCGCUCAGAACUGCAGACAGCCCACGUACAUGGGCGUAGUUCACACUCUGUCUAAGAUCUACAGGAAUGAGGGGCUGCUUGCUCUCUACAGGGGCUUUUCCCUCACUUUACUGGGUGCAUUUCCCUAUUCUAUCGGAUGCUAUGCAGUCUACAUGAACUUGGACAAACUCUGGCAGGAGCCUCCUUUUCGCUUCACCCCCCUCCAGAACUUCAUUAAUGGCUGUCUCGCAGCAGGAGUGGCCCAAACCCUCUCCUACCCUUUUGAAACUGUAAAGCGGAAGAUGCAGGCGCAGAGUGCCCGUCUUCCCCAUCUUGGUGGAGUUGACGUCCUUAGUGGAAUGAUUGACUGUUUCAUACAGGUUGUUAAAAACAAGGGCGUCCUCUCACUGUGGAAUGGCCUCACUGCCAACACGAUAAAGAUUGUUCCCUACUUUGGCCUUCUUUACACGUGCUUCGAGAUGUGUAAGCAGGUUUCCCUUUACCGCAACGGGUACAUCGUCUCACCCCUGAGCUACAAACUUGCACCCGGGGUCGACCAGAGCCUCGGGCCGUACGAGCUGGAAGAGGCGAAGCAAUACUUGAAAAACAGGAACUUUGGAUCAGGGGAGUCGUCUUUCGGAAACCGCUGGUGAAACUUCACAUGAGAAGAUGUCUGGUAAAGGCAAUAGUGACUUCUGACCACACUUGACCAGCAAUAUUAAUUACUUCAGAGGCUUUUGUCUGUUAUUAAAUAACAUUUCAGGUUUCAAAUCUUCAUAGGCGUUAACAUACAUUACAUUAUGUUAGCAACGGUCUACCUCUUUCAGAAACAUCUAUUAAUAUAUUAUUUGUGUUUGAAUUCACUCACUCUUCAUCUCUUUCCAUGUUUUUAACUAAAUGUUAUGUGCCUUGAGCAUUAACUAUUUGUUUUGGGGCUUAUUUCAGUUAUUGACAUCGAAUAGUGCCAUUCUGUAGUUCAUUCAAAUGCUCUUCUUCUCUACUUCUGUAAUACAUUAUAUGUUUAAUGUACAAGAAAUGUAAAAAAAUAUUGAUGCUUCCUAUGUUUGAGUAGGUUAUGAUCAAUCGUGUAAAUAUGCUAAUAUGAUGGAAGUAAUGCACUUAAAACAUUAAACUGUUACAGAAACAAUU